UAUAUAUAUAUAUAUAUAUAUAUAUAUACGUGUGUGUGUGUGUUUCUCUAGAUUAUUGUCCUGGUACGUCUUGUCUUACUCCAUGAAGUUGAUUGUAAUUUAUUUUUACUUAUUUCAAGUAUACAUUGGUAACUUCAUGAAAUGUACUACAUUCUAACACUGACAAAUUUUUAUUGUUUUUGGAAUAAGUCAAGAAAAAUGAUUUCAUCCAAUAGACAAAUUUUUUGAUGAACAUAUUACUGGCAGUGAACUGGAUUUCUUCAAUAGACGACAAACUUGCUGCCGUAUAUUUAUCUCAUUUAUCUAACUAUAUUUAGUUCCAGUCCAUAACUUGAACACAUAUAAUUCAAAUAAAACAAACUUAUAGCUGCAUUGACAAGAACAAUACAGUAGUAGUAAUAAUAAUAAUAGUUGUAUAAGUAAUAUUUUUCUAAUUAGGCACAAGGCCAAUUUUGAAAGCUAAUAAAAUCAUUCGCACUGUUAUUUCUGGUACAACUUAUGCGAAUGUUAGUGUGAAAGUUGAAAUCGUUGGUGGUGUGGUUUUGAAUAUGAAUCCAAUCAGUGGGACAUGUGUACGAUCCAAGUUGGUCAUUGUCGGCGACUGUGCUUGUGGCAAAACUUCUUUGAUUCAUCGAUAUGUCAAUGGAGCCUUUUUAGAGACAUAUGCUCCAACAGGUUUCAAUACCUAUAAUGCUACAUAUGAUGUAUCUGAUACAUAUAAAAUCGAAAUGUCCGUCUGGGAUACUUCAGGGGAUGGAGGAUAUGACAGGGUACGGCCUUUAUCAUAUGCUGAAGCAGAUCUUGUAAUUAUAUGCUUUUCAGUCGCAGAUCCAGAUUCACUAGAACAUGUCAUGUCAAAGUGGUAUCCUGAAGUUCGAGAACACUGUCCAAAUCAACCCAUUAUGCUAGUUGGAUGUAAAACAGAUUUACGAUCAGACUUGCAGUGUAUAUCAGCCUUGGCAAAGAAAAAACAAAUCAUGGUUUCUUAUGAUCAAGGAUUAAAAGCCGGAAAACAUAUUGGUGCUCUUGCCUACUCUGAAACAACAGCUAAAUCUUCUCAAAGGAGUGUUGGUGAUGUAAUAGAGAUUGCAGCACUUUCUUCUGCUGGAAACAAAAAUUCUACUGAAGCACCUAACUUCAAACGACAAAGAUCUUUCAUGCGACGGAAGAGAUUUAGUGGAUUAAAUGAUACAAAGUCACAGCUGCGAAAGGAUGUAGUGAAGAGUUGUGUUGUUAUGUGAUCUGGUCUAAUAGCCAUUGCCAAUUUCUUUGUUCCAUUUAUUAAAAGAAAAUGAAAUAGAGAAAGUUGAUAAAAUUGUAACAAUAGUAGUUUCCUUACAACUACAGUUAGUAUUUAAUGAACAAAGAGUAAUUUAUAUUGUUUCAUUAUUGAACCAUUUACAACAUAUAAUAAACUAAGUUGUGAGGUUCUACAAAACACACAUAUAUACUUCAGUCAGCUAAAUAUCAAUCUUAACCAUUUGAGAACAUAUUUCUCAUUACAUUAUCAUUCAGUAUUUCCUUACAAAGCAAGAAAUGCAAGUUAUGAUCAAGAAAUUGGUGUAUACUUAAAAAUUAAUGUUGCAAGAUUUUGUAUCAAUGUUUUUUAAAAAAUAUUACAAAUUUCCAGCUGUGUUAUUGUUUUGUUUAUUCUUUCUACAUUGGUAUGUAGUUUGUUCCUUGUCUGUAUGAGCUUAAUUAAAUGCAAACCAUCUAAAGGUUGCACGUUCUUGGUAUUAAGUAUGUUUGUUUAUUAGACUUAAUUGCUCAAUUUCUUUCUAUAUGCUUUAACAGCGGUCAGAAAGUUUUUCCAAAUAGAUUUACUGUUUUGGUUUUUGAAUUUAAUAUUUGUUAAUGUUUACACUUCAUUAUAUUUAUGUUGAACAUGAAACUACAAAUCACAAUUCAAUAUUUAUUUAAAUCAUAUUUUAAUAAUUUUCCUGUGAUUAAUUUAGGAAACUCCUAAAGUUUGAGCUUGCAAUACUAGCAAAGAUAUACAUUUUUUUUCUGUUUACCUCAAUUUGAAAUCCAUUUCACAAAUUAAACUCAUCCAUGAUAAAAAGGAAUCUUCUACUACUAUAGAAUUGCUUUGUUGUCAUUUGAUGUAAUAUAGUGUUGAUAUUGAAUAUAUUAGCACAAUUUUCAAAUAAUUGAAAAUUUGAGUUGUAUGCUAUCUAUGAGAUUGGAUUCAUAAGUAUAUAGAAAGGUGCAAAUAUUAGCAGAAAAUAAGUUUAUCUUAUGAUAUAAUUUAUGCACUAACCAGUUUAACUGAAUUCUAGUUUGAAUACAUAUGAAUAGCUAUAAGCUACUAAUCUCCCUGAACAAAAGGUGUGUGUGUGUGUGUGUGUAUGUAUAUAUAUAUAUGUAUAUAUAUAUAUAUAUAUAUAUAUAUAUAUAUAUAUAUAUAUAUAUAUAUAUAUAUAUAUAUAUAUAUCUUUUACCAUUCACUUGUUUCAGUCAUUGGACUGUGGCAAUGCUGGGGCACUGCCUUAAAAGGUUUAGUUGAACAAAUUGACCCCAGUACUUAUUUUCUUUUAAAGACUGAUAUUUAUUCUAUAGCUGAACCAUUUACAGGGACAUAAAGAAACCAACACUGGUUGUCAAGUAGUGGUGAGAAACAAACACAAAGACAUGCAUAGAUAUAUAUACAUACAUGCAUGUGUGUGUGUGUACAAUGGGCUUCUUUCAGUUUUUGUCUACUAAAUCUACUGACAAGGUUUUGGUUGGCCUAAGAUAAAAGUAGAAGACACUUGCCUCGGGACUGAACUUGGAACCAUGUAGUUGAGAAGUAAACUUCUUACCACUUAGCCAUGCCUGCACUGAUAGAUAGAUAUAACAUUUAAUGUCCAUAUUCCAUGCUGGCAUGGGUUGGAUAGAUUGAGGAUCAGUGGGCCAAAGAUCUGCCUCAUGUUCCUGCGUCUGCUUUGGCAUGGUCUCUACAGCUGGAUGUCCUUCUUAAUGCCAACCACUUUGCAGCAUGUAAUGGGUGGGGAUUUUGUUUUCUUUUUUGAUGGGGACAACUAACAUUAGUGCAGGACUACAAACCCUGAAGGGAGAUCAAGGUUAAAAAUGGUUAAAGGUACUAGACAAGGGAGUACAGAGUCGAAACAGGUUUCUUGCUGGAUAGGUGCUACAUGACUACUCAUAUUUUAGAAGAGAGUGAAAAGUGAUCAGGUGGAGCUAGAGAGUGAGGGGAGAGAGUAGAAUAUGACUAAGAAUGCUGAACAUCAGAAUAGCAAUAAUGAAACAGUAGACAGGAGAAAGACAAAAGAGGGGUGAUAUUGAGUAGGUUGCAUGUGUGGAUGGGGAAGAGAGAGGCAAGCAUAGAGCAUAAGAAAGGUGAGAUGCAUGUGGUGGAGAGAGGAGAGGUAGUUGUUGACUCAGUGGUGGGGGAUAAUCAAUGAAAGUGUGAGUGGAGAGCAGAUAAAUAGAUAUGUGUGUGUGUAUAUAUAUAUAUAUACAUAUAUAGAAAAGAGAGGGAUUAAAAAGCUGUUUAAGAAAAUAAUGAAAAAAUUUUGAAGAAAAUUUAAGUCAACUGGAAAAUUUUGAAAAAUGUAAUCAAGGAAAAAAUUUUACAGAGAAAAGGUAAUCCUUUUUUACCCUGCAUGAAAGGGAUCUUAUGGAGGGUUUCCAGUAAAUGAGUCUGAAUUUUCUUUUACAAGGUGGUAUCAAAAAGUUCCCAGACCAGCUAUGUUUAAUAAAAAAAAUAACUUAUUUACCUCAGUUUUAACAUUGUCUCCUUCAAAAUAGUCAUUUUCUGUAAGUCGAGGAUCUUUUGUGAUUCGCUCUAGAUCUCAACAAGUGUUAAAAUGGCAACCUUUGAGCUGCAUUUUUAUCUUGAAGAAGUCUGCAGGUACUAAAUCUAGUGAAUAGGGCAGGUGUGGAAGCAAUACCAUGUUAUUUUUGGCAAGAAACUCAUGAGUAAGGAGAGCUCAGUGACAGGGUGCAUUGUCAUUGUGAAGAAUCCAAUUCUUUAUGUUCUACAGGUCUGGUUAUUUUUGCUGAAUGUCCUCUCUCAAGCACUUCAAAUUAUCACAGUAGAGCUCUCAAUUGAUAGUUUGGCCAGGAGUGGCGGUGGGCAAUUCUCAAUGCACAAUACCACAGAUGUUGAUAAAAACAAUGAGCGUGCUCUUGAUUGAGCUACGGCUCUGUCAUGCCUUCUUCAGUUUUGGAGAUGAAGGGUUCUUCCAUUGUGAUGACUGCUGCUCUGUCUCAGGGUCAUACCUGUAGAUGCAAUUCUCAUCACUGGGGAUGAUCCCUGACAUAAAGGAUGCGUCAUCAGCAGCAUGCUGACAGAGAUCUUGACAUGUUCUUUCUGCUCAGUGGUCAGCAAGUGGGAGACAAACUUAGCAGAGACAUGCUACAUGUUCAAUUCAGACAUUAGAAUUGCCUGCACAGACUCUUAUGACAGACCAACAACAUCAGCAAUGUCAUUGAGUGUCCUCCGAUGAUCCUCAUGCACAAGCUGAUGAAUUUUCUCCACAUUUCCAGGGUUGACACUCAUGGCAGGUCUUCCAGAUUGAUCACCAUCUUCCAGGGACAUUCUUCCUCUUUUGAAACACCCAUGCCACUUGAAACAUUGUAUACGACUUAUUGCUUUGUCACUGCAAGCUUGCCAAAGCAUGCUCAAUAUUUCUGUAACAGACUUCCCAAGUUUAACACAAAAUUUCACGUCAGUUCUUUGUUCCAACUAUAGCAUAUACAUGAUCACAAAAACACAAAUUCCACAACUUGUGAAGUAAACACAGUGAUGUCACUCAGUACACUGCAUCGUGAAAGUCACUGCUAGCUCUCACUAUGUAUGCAACUGUGUGCUGCCAUCUGUUGGCACACUACAGAACUAGUUUGGGAACUCAUAUGCAGUGGCCAAAAAUCUCCAACUUAGCAUUUAGGUAUAAUCUUGGCUUUCAUAAGUUCCUUAGUGCUAUGUUCUUUUCUACAAUGUAGAGCUUGCAUGUCUUGUUAUAAUUCAUGUAUGGUUUUGAUUUUUCAGUAAUCAUCCAAUUUAUGUCAUACACUAUGCCUCUCUCUUUUAACUUACAAAUUUAGCUGGCAAGUUUUGAGGAUUCCAUUUUUAUUUUAUGCAUCUGAAGGAGGCAACGUGAUUGUAGGAUCAUCUGAUUGAAAAGUCUUUCAGAUUAUUGACAUAUUUCAAGUUAGUAUUCUACUAUGCAUUGCAGAAAAGUACAUAAUACUAGGAAACUUACAAGAAUCAGAAUAGUAACUAUAUGCUAUGAUGAAAAUAUCAGCCCUUACUAACACAAAGAGAAAAUUUUACCCACAAAUACAUGAUGCAGCAUCCAUAAGCUUCCAUUUUUUGUUUUCCAAAGUUUCUGAUAUUUCCCAAACCUACUUUUCUACUCUCUCUCUCUCUCUCUCUCUCUCUCUCUCAGUUUGUGGUUGAAGACCUAUACAUUUGGCGUGUGUACAGCCAUGUGAAAGUGUGUGCAUAUGUACAUAGAUGUGUUAGAGCAUGUGUAAGUGCUUGUGGAUGGAUGCAUCUGAACAUUGUAUAUGUAUGUGUGUGCUACAUACCUGAAUAAGGUAACUAGAAUGUGAUAAGAGAGAUGAGUCCUCAACCAAUUCUAUACUUAGAGUCCCUAUCACCCAUUUUAUAAAUCAAUAAUAAUUUUUUAUAGCUUGACUUUCUUGCAUACAGGCUCUGAAUUUAUGGUACAGAAGGUGACUUCUGAGCAGGCAUAAGAGUUGUUUUUGUAUAUGCCAGCACCCAAUAAAUUCCAAAUGGAUAUGGAUUGGAAAGUAGUCACUUCUGCCUUGAAGUUUUAAUAUAUUUCUCUGAAUAAAUAAUAUUUUGCUUUUAUA